GGCCACUUAUUCACCACAUCGUGUCGUUGGGUGUCUACGUCACGUCGUUUCAAAUAUGUUUUGAAUUUAUUUGCCAAAUUGAGCCAAACGCAAUCGUUACAGAAUGCUCAGCGUUUGUGCCUGAGUGUGUGUGUGUGUGUGGCACGCCAAGCGAGACAGAAAGAGAGCGAGAAAUUCACCACACCACGCAGCAGCAGCCCAGCUACAUAAGAAGCACGACCUGUGACAGUGACUGGAAGCCACGCGGUUAAUAUAUAUCAUAUGCGAAUUUCGCUGCAUUUAUAAGAAACCAGAUGUUAAUUUAGUAUUCAUCUGGGAAUAAGUAAAUUACAACGAAGUUCAGAGUUCAACAAAAACCGCCCAGCAUCUUCAAAAACUACAACAAAUAUGUUACGCUGCUGACUAUCGAUAACAUACACAAACACUCGAUAGUCAUCGCAAUACAUAUAUCGCUACACACACACAACAGUAUUCAUUCGAACAAUUUUACAUAACAACUACAAGCACAUAUAGGGGCAGUCACAGUGUACGACUCGAGUGAUAUGGCCGUGUUCCUGAUCAACGUCUGCAAAUAUAAUGGCUGCGGCAUCACAUUUCCAAGUUUAAGCGAUCUAAUAUCACACAUCGAGGACACCCACAUAGACUAUGAUCCUAAGGUGGUUGAACAGAAGGAGCAGGCCCAGCCUGCUUGUUUACCCUUAAGCUAUGUCCUGCGUUUCGUUUCGGAAGACACACGAAAAGAGGCUGCCACUUUUCUGUCUAAUGCAGCGUCGGCGGCAACUGCCAACAAUAACACAAACACAGGUGGCAAUGGAGCCGGCGGCGGCGGCGGUGGUGGUCAUGGUAAUGGCCAUGUGGAACUCAAACGCAAGCUGGCCAUUAAACAUCACAGCUACAGCAUGUCCUCAUCAAAUCGCAGCAAUACUCCCACAGGUAGCGAAAUGGAUGAGGAUGAAAUGGUGGUCACCGAAUCGGAGGACAGCGAUGAUUCAUGGACCACUGAGGAAUUUAGCUCAGAGUUUAUAAUGCGUUAUGGCAGCAGGCAUUCCGGUGGUGGCAGCAAUGGCACGCCAGGCAAUGAGAAACCAUUUGCUUGCCCUGUGCCUGGCUGCAAGAAGCGUUACAAGAAUGUGAAUGGCAUAAAAUACCAUUCCAAGAAUGGCCACAAAAAGGAUGGCAGGGUGCGCAAGGGCUAUAAAUGUCAUUGCGGCAAGAGCUACAAGACGGCUCAGGGUCUGAAGAAUCAUGCCCUGUUGACUCACAAUAGUCAGCCGGAGACUGUGCUGACUACUCAGCAAGUGGCCAAUGCGGCAGCCGCUGGUGUGAUUAACACUAGCAGCAGUACGGCAUCAACACCCAAUCCUAUUCCUCCGCUUGCUGCUACACCCACGCCGACUCAUAUCCAACGUAGUGCAUCCCCAUCGCAACAAUCAUUGGGAUCGCUGAGCCCGUCGAGCAUUAGCAAUAUGUCGAGCAGUGCUAGUAGUUGUCAUGGUGGCGGCGGUAGCAGCAGUUUAUCGAGUAAUCACAACAACAAUUUGCUUCAGCAGCUGACGGUGACAAAUCUGCCAAAUGUCCAACCGCAGCAGCAGCAGCAACAGCAGCAGCAGCAGCAACAUCAAAAUGGCAGCUUAGCAACAGAAACCUCUUACUCCUGCUUAUACACCAACAACAACAGCAACCACAACAACAAUAGCAACAACAGCAGCGACAGCAACAGCAUCAAACAGCAGCAAAUAGUUGUAGGCAAAAGACUCGCCCAUACUACAAACAGCUCCACCACCACCAAGUCGUCACCCAUGCAAAUCUCACCCACCUUCAUUGAGCACAAGUAUUCCGCUUUGGCCAUCAAAGAGAAAUUCUUUUCGAAUUUGCGUGCCGUCUCCUCUAAAACGGCGGCAUCAGCAGCCGGCUCUGGCCCGUGCAGCGAUAACAUUGAGAUGGUGGGUUCAGCUGGUGGCGGCGGCGGCGGUGUUGGCGUUGGAGCUGGUGGCGGUGGUCUGCGAACUGUUGCUGCUGUGGGUCAAAUGUGCGCUCUGCAGAACGAGCACAUACACCAAAAUCUCUACAAGAAAACUAUCAAUUGAGUGAGGGAGGAGAAGAGACGAGACAGAGAGCAAAAGCUAGAGCGAGUUGGCUGUGAUGAACUAUUAAUAUAAUAUAUUAACAAAAACGGAAAGGCAGAAGCAAGAGGAUUCGUCAAUAAGGCAGAUGGAAAGAGGACAGAGGAGCAGUAGCGGAUGACACUACUAUGGCUAGGAUGUCUAAACCGUUUGAAUGAGUUUUCAACUCUGGCUUCCACGUUGCAAAAUAUCAUCAAAUAUAUAUAUAUAUAUAUAUGCAUACAUAUAAAUUCCAUGCAAUUUAAUUUGCAAACUACAAUAUAUUAAAGAAUUAAUCUCAAGAAAUCUUAAGCAGAGACAAAAAAGAAAUCAAUAACAUAAACCAUAAACCACCUAUGAAAUAGCUUCUCUAACUGAAUAAUUCGUAGGAUAAUUCGUACAAAACAACAACAACAAAAAAAGAAAAAAAUGUAAAACAAAAAAAAAAAAGAAGAAAAAAGAAAAAACAAACAAAUUAACAUACAAAAUUUAGUAAAUAUAUUUGAAGAGAUGCUUCUUCAACUAGUCAUUACUGUAGUUAAAUUAAA